AUAACUGCAGCUAAUCAUCUGAUCAGCUGACUGUGAAUGUGAUGUUCCUCUAUGGAAAGACCUCUGACAUGAAAAAAAACGAUUAGCUGCUUAGCUAACCAGCUAUGUAUGAUAAACUGUAGGAAUUCUCACUGCUUUUUUGUCUCGUGAACAAGUGAUUCCUUUUCAUCGUAUUUCUGCGACCACUCUCCACCGCCAGCCUGGCCACCUCGUCGUCUGCAGCCAUGACCGAGUUCUGGCUGAUCUCUGCGCCCGGGGAAAAGACCUGCCAGCAGACCUGGGACAAGCUGAUGGUGGCCACCACCCGCAACAACAACCUCUCCACCAACAACAAGUUCAACAUCCCUGACCUCAAGGUGGGAACACUGGAUGUCUUGGUGGGGUUGUCAGAUGAGUUGGCCAAACUGGACGCUUUUGUCGAGAGUGUGGUAAAGAAGGUGGCCCAGUACAUGGCUGAUGUUCUGGAGGACAGUCGAGACAAAGUCCAGGAGAACCUGCUGGCCAAUGGGGUGGACCUCAUCACCUACAUAACCAGGUUUCAGUGGGACAUGGCCAAGUAUCCCAUCAAGCAGUCUCUGAAGAACAUCUCUGAGAUCAUAUCCAAGCAAGUGACACAGAUCGACAAUGACUUGAAGGCUAGGGCGUCGGCCUACAACAACCUGAAGGGGAACCUACAGAACCUGGAGAGGAAGAAUGCGGGGAGCUUGUUGACACGGAGUUUGGCUGACAUUGUGAAGAAAGAAGACUUUGUUCUUGAUUCGGAGUACCUGAUCACCAUGCUGGUGGUCGUUCCCAAAGUAAGUUAUGCUGACUGGCAGAAGACAUACGAAACGCUUGCAGAAAUGGUGGUGCCUCGAUCGACUAACCUGCUGUUUGAGGACCAGGAGAGUGGCCUGUUCAGUGUCACUCUCUUCAGGAAGGCCAUCGAUGACUUCAGACACAAGGCCAGAGAGAACAAGUUCACGGUGCGAGACUUCCAGUACAAUGAGGAGGAGAUGAAGGCCGACAAGGAGGAAAUGACCCGCCUCUCCACCGACAAGAAGAAGCAGUUUGGGCCGCUGGUUCGAUGGCUGAAGGUGAACUUCAGCGAAGCUUUCAUUGCGUGGAUCCAUAUAAAAGCUCUAAGGGUUUUUGUGGAGUCUGUCCUCAGGUACGGGCUGCCCGUCAACUUCCAGGCCAUGCUGCUCCAGCCCAACAAGAAGAACGUGAAGAAGCUGCGGGAGGUGCUGUACGACCUGUACAAGCACCUGGACAGCAGCGCGGCGGCCAUCAUCGACGCAUCUAUGGACAUCCCAGGUCUGAAUCUUAGUCAGCAGGAGUACUACCCCUAUGUCUACUACAAGAUCGACUGUAACCUUCUGGACUUCAAAUAAAGCAACAAUUCCUCCUUCAUACCAGUCCAAUUAUAUUGUUGAACACAUGAACUAUUUUAUCCUUAUCUAUCCCUGUCUUUUAGAGUAAACGUGACCUUUCCCACUCUCCUAACAUUUGCAUGCAUGUUAAAAAUGCGGUACAAAUUAAAUCCAAAAGGGGUUCAGGGAUCCUUUGUGUUUACAGGAUUACUUUGAAGUUACAGGAUUAUUAAUUAUUCCACAUUUGCGGGUACCUUAUUUUGGAAAAACAACCAACACCAAUGUCGUAUUUAAAAAUAUGUGCUGAAAUAAAUGAUCUAUUUAUGGUUAUAUGAUUAAUUUAAAAAGGUGGAAAAACUGCGAAUUUGUAAUCAUUCCACAUCCGUGUCGUGCUGUGUUAGUAGCUCCGUCCGUGACCGGUGAGUUUGUAGAUGUUGUUUACAUGAAGGGCGAUCUUCACAACCCCACAUCUCUGCGUAUUUGAUGAGUUUUAGAAGUUGUGCUCCUCUGAAGCUGCGAAUUGUGUUUUCACAAGCAAUAUGUGUACGUGUCGUCUCAUGAUGUGUGUAUAUUUUGAUGUUUAAAAAACAUGCAAGCACUGUCAAUACCAUGGAAAUAUAAAUAAAUGUUAACAACAAAAAUA